AUGCUUACCAACGCAUUUCUUCUCUCGCUGUCUGCCUCGGUGGCAUUUGCUCAAGAGUCUGCCAAUGCCCUGGGAAGAAGAGACGGAGGAGCUGCUGCUGGUGGUGGUGGUGGAGGAGGAGGAGGAGGAGGAGGCGGUGGUCACGGAGGACAUGAAGGACCCACCCCCGCCGACUUCAGGAACGUCGAUGUUCAGCACUAUCUUGGGUACAUUUGGGUGGCCUUCGUCGGAGUCUUUGCCCUCUACCAGAUCAUCUUCCACUUCGUCCGCUACAUCCGGACCGUGGCAUGCCUCAACAACGACACCCAGAGGUACUUUGCCGCGCCGCAACCGACGUACGCGUGGUUCAAGAAGAACUGCCUGGAUGCGCCCCUAUUCAGGACGCGCCACCACCGCGAGUUCAAGCUGUCGACUGCUAUCAAUGUUGGAACCCUGCCAAGCCGUCUGCAGACCUUCCUCCUCGUGGGAUACUUCGCCACCAACGUCGGAUUAUGCUUGUGGAGAAUCGACUUGAGCAAGGGUUAUUCCAUCGUCGCUGGGGAGAUCCUCUCCCGCACCGGUAUCAUGGCGGUCAUCAACAUGAUUCCCCUUUUCCUGCUGGCAGGACGCAACAAUCCCAUCAUCAACCUCACCGGCAUCUCAUUUGACACAAUGAACCUGAUCCACCGAUGGUUCGGACGGAUCGUUGUCCUGGAAGCAGUUGCUCACGCUGCUGCAUGGAUGGCCAACAAGGUGCACACCAAGGGAUGGGAAGCUGUAAAGGCAUCCAUCACUCAUAGCGAGUUCAUCAUGACCGGUUUCAUUCAGGCUGUUGUGGCAUUCGUUUUCCUGCUUUUGCACUCGCCUUCGGCCAUCAGGCACGCCUUCUACGACACCUUCUGGCACUUCCAUUUUGCAGGCGCCCUCCUCGCGGUCGUUGGUUUGUGGUUCCACCUCAAGGGUAGGCCCCAGCUGCUCAUGCUGUACGGCGUUGCCGCCGUGUGGGCUUUUGAGCGUACUAUCCGCCUCGUCCGCCUCGUCUUGCGGAAUGGCGGCAACGGUGGCACAAAGGCCGUCGUGGAGGUCCUCCCAGGCGAUGCCCUCCGCGUUACAGUGCGCAUGGCCCGCCCCUGGAAAUUCCGCCCUGGUCAACACGCAUACCUCUUCAUACCGUCGGUCGGGUAUUGGACCAAUCACCCCUUCUCGCUUGCCUGGAGCGAGGAGGAGGAGACCGGCACCGGCACCAAAAUCGAGGGUUUGCCCAUGAACCGCCAAGACAUUCUGGGAUUGCAGAAGACGAGCAUGUCUUUCAUCGUGCGACGCAGAACCGGUUUCACAGACAAGCUUUACAAGAAGGCCGAUCGCUCUGCUACCGGCAAAUUCACCGCUAAGGCAUGGGUGGAGGGUCCCUAUGGUGGCGAAACCUUCUCCUCGUACGGUACCGUCAUGCUAUGGGCUGCUGGCAUAGGCAUCACGCACCAAGUCCCGCACGUGCGUGACAUCGUCGCCGCCUAUGCCAACGGCACCACCGCAACGCGCCGUCUCACCCUCGUCUGGAUCAUCCAGUCGCCUGAGCACCUCGAGUGGAUCCGCGAAUGGAUGAUGCAGAUCCUCAACAUGCCGCGUCGUCGCGAGAUCCUGAAGAUUCUGCUGUUCGUGACGAGACCCAGGAACACGAAUGAAGUGCAUUCUCCCAGCGCCAGCGUGCAGAUGUAUCCCGGCAAGCCGAAGGUGCAGGCCCUGAUUGACCAGGAGAUGCAGGAGUCGAUCGGUGCGGCGUGUGUUAGUGUGUGCGGGACGGGCUCGUUGGCGGACGACAUCAGGCGCGCGGUGAGGAAUAGGGAAGAGCAAUGGAACGUCGAUUUUCGCGAGGAGUCGUUCUCGUGGUAG